AUGUGGAGGUCCUCAAAACAGCCUUUCCCCUGUUUGUCUACGGCAGAGACUGAGCUGGUAGAGGCCAUCGAAGGAGUCAUAGUUGGAGACUCUCUAGCAUGCAUAGUGGAAGAGUUAGAAGGAAGAGUGGAUAAGCAGCUGGUGUGUGACAACAUGGCAGCCGUGGCUUUGUCCACCACGCGGACAGGAGCUUGGCACACACGGCAUUUGAAAGUACGUGCGACCCACCUCAAAUGGAGGGUGGAAGCUGGAGACUGGAAGAUGCAGCAUCGGCGGGGCACAGAGCUCGUCGCAGAUAUGGGUACAAAGCUUCUUGGUGCCAACAAAACGAAGGAUCUGUCAAAGAAGAUGAACCUGGAAUGGCUACCAGAUGUAGUAGCCUUCUCCAGAGCGAAGGAAGAAAGGAUUGAGAAAGAGGAAGAGAAAUUGGCAGAAGAACAGGACAGAGAACCAGCUGUGACGGUAUCCAAGAAGGUCUUUGCAGGAGAUAUGGAAAAGGUGGUAAAGAUCGCCACCCUCAUGGCGGUACUUCAGAAGGUAGAAGGAGUAUAUGCCAUGGACAAGAGCGAAACGGAAGAAGGAUCAGAAGUUUUGGCGGCAUUUGGCUUGUUGAUGAUGAUCCUUGGAGUGGUGUUGUACAAGUUGGUGGAAAGACUGUGGAAGAUCUUUCAUGAGAAGAGAGAUCAUGAGGAAUGCCAAUCUCGCGCCCAUGCGCGCGACUCUCGCGCCCAUGCGCGCGACUCUCGCGCACUCAUGCGCGAUCGAGAACGUCACCAACUGCAUGUACGCGAAGGAGAAGAAGAAGAGAUAAGUUGUGAAGAAGGAGAACAGACCACCGUGAAGGUGGCGACUCUGAGGAUGAGAAAAGUUGAAAACAAAGGUUCCAAUGAGAAAGGACGAGAAGGAGAAAGCUCCGCUACCAGAAGUAACAGUCACACAACUAAGAAAGGCACAGAGGAACGACAUGAAAAGAAGGGAGCACAGACAGACUGA